CAGGUGGAAACACCAAAGUAGACUGCAUGAUCCCAAGCAGAUAGAUCAGGGAUCAGAGUAUCGACAACAAGCGCGAAACGCGCCCCGGGUAUGAACCCAUGUGCUCGGAAGAAAAUGGCAGCCACUUCAACGCUGAUUUCGCCUUCAAUUCUACUGUUGUCCAGUUGCUUUUUCAAGGCUUUUUGCAUAAGCUACUUGUUGGGUUCGGUUGCUGUCAAGACAACAAAUGUGGUCUGUUGUUGUUCUUUCUGCUUAUCUUGUUCGUGCUGUCGCCACUCCGUCCACAGCGACACGAUGAGCGGAUACUUGAAGGACAUGUAACCACUUAAGAAUGCCGAGGAACACGCUUCCUAGGUGCUCAUGGUCUCGCCCAAUACAGGGCGAAAUUUGGGUUGCGAGAACUCCAUUAGGCUUUGAGCGUGGGGUAUCU